AUGGAAAUACCACCGAGACAACAGUUUGUUCAAAACCCACAUGAUACAAUUGCUUCAAGUUCAAGGGAAGAUACGCAAGUGGCAACUUAUUUGACCUCAACAUUGGAUUAUCGAGACAACAGCCAGGUGCAGAUGUUUAACAUAUACUCUGAUGAGGAUGAGGAUGACGUUCUCAUAAAUACAACACCAGUUGAACUUUCUUCACAUAUGUAUGAGAUUGAUUAUAAUGCAAUGUACAAGCCUGAAUUUCCGGAUCUCCCUAAUGAUUGCAACUAUGGACUUAGUCAUCAGUCAAUGAAGGUGAUUUACAUAUUGGAAUGGAGAAUAACAAGAACGACAAGGGAUCUUCCUCCAAGUCAUUACUUAAUCAAAAUAGAGGCAUUCUCUUUAUUGAUUGAAGCCAAGGUGGAGAAGUACAAAUCUAGUGCAUUCCAUGCAGGGGGACACCAAUGGAGAUUGGUACUUUAUCCGACUGGAAAUAAAGAGAGCAACGGAAAUGGUUACAUCUCCCUAUACUUGGAAAUUGAAAACACUGGGAAUUUGUCUCUUGAUUGGGAAGUAAAUGUCGAAUUUAAGUUAUUCGUGUUCGAUCAGAUUCGGGACCUGUACAUGGCCGUCAAAGAUAUUGAGGUGCCUGUUAGGCGUUUUUAUGAGUUGAAGACUAAGUGGGGCUUUUCACAGUUCCUUUCACAAGAGGCUUUUAACAAUGUUGCUAAUGGUUAUUUGGUGGACGAUUGUUGCAUUUUGGGGGCAGAGGUUUUCGUUAUUCAACGUCCUCUCAAAUUGGAGAAAUCAGUGCUUCAGAAGCCUGCUGGUGGAACAAUUACUUGGAUGAUUGAGAACUUUUCAAAUUUUGACAAGGAAUUUUACGAUUCUCCUGUUGUUACAAUAGAGGACAUAAAAUGGAACUUAACGGUUUAUCCUAAAGGAAAUUACAGGUCUAAGGAUACACAUUUAUCUGUUUAUCUUAAGCUAUCCGAGCCCAAAACACUUCAACCCAUGCGUGAAGUUUUCGUGAAACAGAAGCUACGUCUUAGGAACCAAAUCAGAUCUAAUCACUUGGAAAUGAUAGGUGAAAAUUCGUUUACUACUUCCAAAACAAGUUGGGGUUAUCCUAAGUUUGUGUCAUUAGAGGAUCUGCAAGACUCCUCUAAGGGGUAUAUGGUGAGAGAUAGUUUGAUAGUUGAAGCCGAAUUUAUUCUGAUAUCUAAAGUCGAGUGA